GACUCCGGUCCGCUGCGCUGUGCUACUGUGCUUAUCUACGGUCCGGGCUGCAGCAUUGACGGCGGGCCCUGGCACCCCAGACGCCCCAGCGGCCUCGAGCUCGACAGCUUCAGCGCUGCAACGUCUCUGGGCAGCACAGCGGCCACAGGAAGAUGCGGGCAGCCCUCCUCUGCGCGGCCUGGGCAGCGGUCGACGGACAGACUCCGGGAGAGUAUUUCUACAAGCUCCGGGACAAGGACAUCGAGGCCACGCCGCCCGAGGACCCGCGGCUGGGCGGCUUCGGCGCGCCCGGCGACGUGGGCCAGGAGGCCAUGAACGCCCUGAACUGGGGCGAGCACGAUAUUGAAGCGGUAAGAUUAACGUCGCGGCGGCUGGGCCACGGCUUCGACGCCUCUCCCGAUAGACCGAGGCCCCGCGCGCGGGCGUUUCACGCUACUGGAAUAAUUGAGGACAAGUUCUUCGUGUUUGGUGGUGUCGGAAAAGAUGUGACGGACGGCGGCCCGCUACUUUUAAAUGAUCUGCACUUUUACGACCAACAAAGGGGCGGCUGGAGCGGCGAAUUGAAGAGGACGAGCUGCUGUCGUGAUGGCGCGCCCUUCGACGCCCUUGGUAUAAGACCAUCACCUAGGGCGCACGUCGGGAGCGCAGUCGUCGGUACACAACUGUGGAUCUACGGUGGUAUUGGCGACGCGUCAGGUGUGGAGAACGACGUCCUGGGCACGGCGCGGCACGCUCUCGCCAACAGCAACAGAACGCUCGGCGACCUCCACUUUUAUGACGACGAGAGCGCCACGUGGUCGGGCCACGUCGCGGCCGCGGGCGCGAAGCCGGCGCCGCGCUUCGGCGCCGCCAUGGCCGCGUACGGCGACUUGCUGGUGCUGUUUGGCGGCUUCGACGGCGACGGCGCGGCGCGCAACGACCUCCACCUCUUCAACACGACGUCACGCGCGUGGCGCGCCGCGCCUCCUCCAUUGUACGGCCGCUUGCCCGCGCCGCGCGGCCACGCGCCCUUCGCGGCGUCCUACGCACAAAGUACGCGCCCGGCGUACGGCGGUUUUGUGGAUGACGUGCUCUACGUCUUCGGCGGAUCCUCAAGAGCCGUCGACGCCGGCGUGUCUCAUCGACAAGCGGCGAUGGCGCUUUCAGAAGAUACCUGGAUGGUCAACGUCGCACAAUUGGCGUCCACGGUGCCUUCGUUAAACUGGACGCGCCUGGCGGAAAAAGGAGCAAAGCUGGCGAUGGGCGAGGACCGCGAGGGCGCCGCGCGCUGCGCGCACGAGCUGCACUCGCCCCGGGAAGGAGUGGUGUACAUAAUAGCGGGCCUCGACGCCGACGGAAAAGCUGUGGACCAGCACGCUGCUUUAAAAGUGGGGGAGGGCAUUUGGGAGGACGUCACCUACCAGACGCGGCCGGCGCGGCACGCGCGGUACGGCGCUUCAUCAUCAGCGACGGGCAACGACGACCGCUUCGUAUCAAACCAUGCCGCGCGGUUGGCGGAGACGGGCCGCGACGACCGCCUCUUCCGCUUCGGGGGCUACGACCAGCGUCACGAGGUGACGGACUACUUCGAGGUCUUCGUGCCCGACAUCCACCGCAAAAUUCCGGACGUGUACCCGAAUUCAGAUAGGACCGUCGCCGAGGACCUCGACACGGGGCUCGCCGCGUACCACGCGCUGACCGUGUCCUACCCGCAUUCGCCGUACGGGUUAGGAUAAGGAGGAGUGACCC